UCCGAUUCCUACAGAAAUCUCCCAAAUUAACCACAAAAUUUUCAAUAUUUCAACAUGAAUAAACCAUCUUCCUUACUAGUAAUCACGUUUCUGGUACUCUCUCCUAAUUUUCUCUUUCUACUGCAAUGGCCUGUGACGGCUCUACCUCUCUAUACCAAUUCGCGUUGGAUUGUGGAUGAAAGCGGGCAAAGAGUGAAGCUGGCAUGUGUGAAUUGGGCUUCACACCUUGAACCGAUGGUGGCCGAGGGUCUUAGUAAGCAGCCCUUAGAUGUGAUCUCAAAGGGGAUCAUAUCGAUGGGAUUCAAUUGUGUUCGGCUUACCUGGCCACUCUUCUUGGUCACCAACCGCUCCUUAGCCUCCAUGACUGUCCGGCAGUCCUUCCAAAGCCUCGGUCUCGUCGAGACCAUUGCCGGCGUCCAAGUAAACAACCCAUCUCUGCUUGAUCUUCUCCUCAUCCAAGCUUACCAGGUUGUGGUAUCCAACCUUGCGGAGAACAAUGUAAUGGUGAUAUUAGACAACCAAAUUAGCAAGCCUGGUUGGUGUUGCAGUAACUUUGAUGGCAAUGGCUUCUUUGGUGACCGAUACUUCGACCCAGAUCUAUGGCUUAAAGGGUUAACCGCAAUUGCAACCAUGUUCAACGGCACCACCAAUGUGGUCGGCAUGAGUCUAAGGAAUGAACUCCGGGGACCCAAGCAAAACACAACAAAUUGGUACAGGUACAUGCAAAAAGGGGCUGAAACAGUGCACGCAGCAAACCCAAAUGUUCUUGUUAUACUCUCCGGGUUAAGUUUCGACAAGGAUUUUACAUUCCUUGUCAAACAACCAGUGAACCUAACCUUUACUGGGAAGCUAGUAUUUGAGGUGCAUUGGUAUUCAUUUUCGGAUGGGAAGGCUUGGGAGAGUGGAAACCCAAAUCAGGUCUGUGGAAGUGUGGUGAAUAAUUUGAUGAGGAAUGCUGGGUUCUUGCUGGAUCAAGGGUGGCCACUAUUUGUGAGUGAGUUUGGGGUGGAUCAAAGAGGUACCAAUGUGAAUGACAACAGGUACUUGAAUUGCUUCUUUGGUGUUGCUGCUGAUUUGGAUUGGGACUGGGCCUUGUGGACACUAGUUGGGAGUUACUACCUCAGAGAAGGGGUGUUGGGAAUGGAUGAGACUUAUGGCUUGUUGGAUUAUGCUUGGUCUCAAUCUCGGAAUUCUAGCUUCUUACAAAGACUUUCUACUCUACAAACUCCUUUUCAAGGACCUGGAAUCUCUGAUGUUAGGCAACAUAAAAUAAUUCUCCAUCCAUCAACCGGACUCUGUGUUCAGCGUAACUCAAUAGAAGAGCCACUAAGUUUAGGCUCUUGUACGGAGCCUGAAGCUUGGAGCUACACACCCCAAAAUACUAUAGUGCUUAAGGGGACAUAUUUCUGCAUACAAGCUGAUGGGUUAGGUAAGAAAGCAAAGCUUGGAAUCAUUUGCACUGAAGCUAACUCAAAAUGGAAGGCAAUAUCAGACUCCAAAAUGCACUUGUCAUCAAACCUCUGCAAUGGAAGCACAGUGUGUUUGGAUGUUGACUCUAACAAUGCCAUAGUCACUAAUCCAUGCAAAUGCUUAAGUAGAGACAACAGGUGUGAUCCUGGAAGUCAAUGGUUCAAGAUUGUUAAUAGCACAAGGACAACGAGAUCAACCAGUACUACUGCCAGACUAUUACCUCUUCCUAAUUUAUACGAGAAGGUUCGAUUUGAUCAAUUGGAGAAUGUUGGAGCAGUAAGUGAGACAUGAACAACAUUAUAAGCUCUAACAAAUGCCAAGUUAAAUAGCAGGGCCACAUGCUUGGAAAAGGCAUUUUAUUCCAUGGACCUUUAUGAUGCAUUGAGCUAUAUCUAAAUUUUUCUAGUCUGAGUAUCGGUUAUUAAUUGAAGUAAAAUCUUGUUGUAAUCAAGGUUGGUGAAAAAGAAUAUGUAACCUUAUUUUUUCUUGAGAAAAAAUGAAUAAUAAAAAAUCCUAUUAUUGUUAAACAUAAUAAUUCUCUCGUUGACUUUGA